AGGAGCGGGUGGGAGUGGGGAAGGGGGUGGGGGAUCGGCAGCCACCUCCUCCCUCGGCCGCCGCCCGGCUCAGCGCCGUGGCCAUGCAUGCUCCCCGGCGCGCGCUGGCUCCCGGCGUCCUGCUGACCCUGGCCUUGGGGCAGGCGCUCGCGUUGGGAGAACGCGACUUUCUCCGGUUUCUAGGCUUGGAUGCGGCGCCGCCGCCCCGCCAGCCACAGCCCGUGCCGCGCGUGCUGCAGAAGAUCGCGCGCGAGCGGGAGGCCGCGGCCGACGCGGGGCUGGCGCGGGCCCCGUGCACAGUGGCCGAGCUGGGCGCGCCCGGGGACGCGCUGCGAGCGCUGCCGGACCGAGGCUUCCUCCUUCCCUCGGACUCCUGCCUGCAGCGGCUGCUCUCCUUCAACCUCUCUGCCAUCCCGGACCGGGAGCAGCCGACCGCGGCAGAGCUGGGCUUGGACUUAGGGCCCAGCACCUACGAGGAGCUGGGCCCGGCGCUGGAGCUAGUGGUGUCGCUGGUUCCGCAGCCUGGUCUGCGGGCAGGGCCCCCGCGUGGGCGGGGCAGAGCGGUGGCGGAGCAGUCAGUGCCCCGGCCCCACGGCGUCCUCCGGGUCCGCCUGCAGGGGGCGCUGCAGCACGCGGCCCGGCGCCAGUGGUCCCGCCUGGGGCUGCUGCUGGACGUGCAAGUCGUGGAGGAUGGGGAGCCUGGGCGUCACCGUCACCCCCGGGCCCUCUGCGCCAGGCUGCGGCGGACCCUGCGUGCAACCCUGCUGGUGGCGACCCUGGAUCCUGCGCGGUGCCGCCACCCUGCCCGCCCGCGGCGGGCCGUGCCCGCUGCCCCCCAGGCUGCCAGCCGGAGCCUCUGCCAUCGCCACCAGCUGUUCAUCAGUUUCCGGGAUCUGGGCUGGCACAAGUGGAUCAUAGCCCCCAAGGGAUUCAUGGCCAACUACUGUCAGGGCGAGUGUCCCCUCUCUGUGGCUGCCUACCUGAACAGCUCUAACUAUGCCUUCAUGCAGGCGUUGAUGCAGGUCGUGGACCCCACGGUGUCCCCAGCUGUGUGCGUCCCCACCAAGCUCUCACCCAUCUCCAUGCUCUACCAGGACAAUGGUGACAACGUCAUUCUGCGUCACUAUGAGGACAUGGUGGUCGACGAGUGUGGGUGUGGGUAAGGGGCAGGCAUGGGGAUGGCUGGAGGGGGCCUGAGUGACCCAAUAAAGUGGAGACCUUUUGGAUCUAA